AGUUCAGUUUGCUUUCAGUGUCAGUCUGUUACUCUGUUUAUCAAUAUAUAUUUUUUACAAGUAGUUUAUCACAUAGAAAUUAAAAUUAUUUCACUUCUUACUUAAAAUUCGAAUAUUUUACUACGUGUCUCCAAUAGAAAAUUCCCUCACUUUACUGUUAAUUAUGUUAAUAUUAUUCAAUUGGGAACUUUAGAGAUUUUACAUACAUAAUAAACAAAACAUAUUUUUAUAUAUAUUCGUUAAUAUUUCCAAGUGAAAAUAUACAAAAUAAUUAUUAAUAAAUACAAAUUUUUAAUACUGUCAAGAAUAGAAGAAAGAUUUUUUAUAAAAUUUUUACAUAUCUCGCUUACAAUUCUUUCUCUGAUGGCUCUGAUGUAAAAAAUAUAUAAAUUAAGAUUAAUAUUGCCAGUGACGACAUUGGCACUCGCAUAUCUGUAUAACGUCGUUGAGAAAAGGGGGAAAAAAAUAAAAUAAAAAGUCUGUGAAUUCGGCACAUAAGCAACCAGUUCAACAAAAAGGAACAUCUACCGAGUGUUGACGCGUCACAACCAAAAGCAAUCAGAAUGGCAGGCCCACCAAUUUUGGAAGAGACUGAUAGUACAAAUAUUGCAAGCGAACCAUUUCUUAGCACUUACGAUAUUGCACUUCUUGUUAUUCUCGUUUUAACUGGACUAUGGUGGCUCAUGAGGAGAAAUAAACAAGAUGAAUAUACGCCAUCGACAAAAUCCUACUCGAUACAACCAACGUCAUAUACGGCAGUGACGCCUUCGGAAAAUUCGUUUAUCAAAAAACUCCAAAGUUCCGGACGUAGUUUGGUGGUAUUUUAUGGUAGUCAGACUGGUACUGGUGAAGAAUUUGCAGGUCGACUUGCUAAAGAGGGAAUUCGAUACCGAAUGAAAGGUAUGGUUGCUGAUCCUGAGGAAUGUGAUAUGGAAGAGUUAGUCAACUUGAAAUCAAUACCAAACAGUAUGGCAGUAUUUUGCAUGGCUACUUAUGGUGAAGGUGAUCCAACAGACAAUGCUAUGGAAUUCGUUGACUGGCUCAAAAAUGGCGAAGGUGAUCUUAGUGGAUUAAAUUACGCUGUUUUUGGACUUGGUAACAAGACGUACGAACAUUACAAUGAAGUGGCAAUUUACAUCGAUCAUAGAUUGGAGCAGCUUGGCGCGACACGUGUUUAUGAACUCGGUCUCGGCGAUGACGAUGCCAAUAUUGAAGACGAUUUUAUAACAUGGAAGGACAAAUUUUGGCCAGUUGUUUGUGAAUUCUUUGGAAUUGAAGGAAUCAGCGAAGAUGUGAGCAUUCGUCAAUAUAAACUCACCGAACAUGUCGAUUUACCAGCCGAUCGUAUUUAUCAAGGAGAAAUUGCACGACUUCAUUCUUUCAAAAAUCAACGAGCUCCAUUUGAUGUGAAAAAUCCAUAUUUAGCGCCAUUGAAAGUAAACAGAGAAUUGCAUGGACCAAAAUCAGAGCGCUCUUGUAUGCAUAUUGAAUUUGACAUUGAUGGUUCAAAAAUGCGUUACGAAACUGGCGAUCAUUUAGCUGUUUAUCCAGUGAAUUGCUCAUUAUUGGUGAAUAAAAUUGGCGAGAAAUGUAACGUUGAUUUAGAUACAAUUAUUACAUUGACAAACACUGAUGAAGAAUCAACGAAGAAACAUCCAUUCCCAUGUCCAUGUUCAUAUAGAACGGCAUUGACGCAUUAUUUAGAUAUCACUGGUCAUCCACGAACGCAUAUUCUCAAGGAAUUGGCCGAAUAUUGUUGCGAUGCGGCAGAUAAGGAGAAACUCAAACUCAUGGCAUCGACAACCGCCGAGGGCAAGGCACUUUACAAUCAAUGGAUUAUUCAGGAAAAUAGAAAUAUUGUACAUAUUCUCGAAGAUAUUCCAAGUCUCAAACCUGCGCUCGAUCAUCUCUGUGAAUUAUUGCCUCGACUUCAGUGUCGUUACUAUUCCAUUUCUUCAUCGCCAAAGCUUCAUCCAACAACUGUGCAUAUAACGGCCGUUGUUGUUGAAUAUAAAACGCCAACUGGAAGAAUUAAUAAGGGAGUGACAACUUCAUGGCUAAGGGAGAAACAUCCUUCGGAGCCACCAAGUUUGGUUCCAAUUUUUGUUCGUAAAUCACAAUUCCGUCUUCCACUUCGUACAUCAACGCCAAUAAUAAUGGUCGGUCCUGGAACGGGUCUUGCUCCAUUCCGAGGAUUCAUUCAGGAACGCGAUCUUGCCAGGAAAGAAGGAAAAGAAGUAGGAGAGACGAUUUUAUAUUUUGGAUGCAGAAAGAGUGCAGAAGAUUUCUUAUAUAAAGAAGAACUCGAGGAAUAUGUAAAGAGUGGGACUCUCACUUUGCACACGGCAUUUAGUCGAGAGCAGGAGCACAAAAUUUAUGUAACACACUUAUUAGAAAAGAAUGACGACGAAUUGUGGAAUGUAAUUGGAGAAAAAAAUGGCCACAUCUACGUGUGCGGUGAUGCACGAAAUAUGGCUCGCGAUGUACACAAUAUUUUAUUGAAAGUCGUAAUGCAAAAGGGAAAAAUGACAGAAAUGGAGGCGCAGGAUUACAUAAAGAAAAUGGAUACACAAAAACGUUAUUCAAGUGAUGUUUGGAGCUGAAUUUUAUUUUCUUUCUAUUUUAUAAUAUAGGAUACGUUCGCCUAAAGAAAAUGUUGGUGUCAUAUAGAAGAAAAAAUUGUUUCUAUCCAUAUAAUAGUUUACUUACAGUAUGAAGAAAUUUAAGAGAAAAAAAAGUUCAAAUCAUUAAAAAUGUGAAUCAAUUUAGAAAUAAUUAAGAACAAUAAUCAAUUUCUUGCUUUACUAAAGAGGUUGAUGUAAAAAACGAACACUGUCAUUUUGACAAGUUAUAGUUUCAUUUGUAAUAUUGUAAAUAUAUUUAGUAAAAAAUAUUGUGAUAAAGA